AUGGGGAACCGAUCUCUAAUUCAAGGUUUAGUGAAGGAACCAACGGUAACCCUGCACAUAACACGGGCAACCGACCCUCCCUCUUGGGUGCAUCCAAUAAUUGAUUUCAUGGAAAAGGGUAAGCUCCCUGAUGACGACAAGACGACAAAGGGAGUCGACCUGUUAGAGCCUUUCCCGGUCGGACUUGGACAGGUCAAGUACCUAAUUGUUGCCAUCAACUAUUAUACAAAGUGGGUAGAGGCCAAACCGUUGGCUAGCAUAUCCUCGGCCAAUUGUCGAAAGUUCAUGUGGAGACAAAUAAUAGCCAGAUUUGGAAUCCCAGAGGUCGUCAUCUCGGACAAUGGGACACAAUUUGCCGAUAAGAAAUUUGGAGAAUUUCUCGCCGGCUUGGGCAUAAAGCAGAAGUUCUCGUCCAAGUCGAAGCAGUAA